CAUAAAAAUACCCAACGAAACAGACACCAAGGCAGAGAGGGUGAAGCAAGCCAAAGUCGUGCAAAUGGGCAUAAGAGAAAUUGUAGUCGCAGGCACCAUCAUCGUAAUCCAUGAACUUGAUGAUGUUUAUGACUCGGUCACAGGUCGUCCUCUUACUGGCUCAUGGGUCUGGGACUCGGCUCUCGUUUUGUCUAAGUGGAUGUUUACUCAGGUUGACUUUCAGGGCAAUUCUGUUCUUGAGGUUGGUGCUGGUGCCGGGGUCCCAGGAUUGGUCGCGGCUCGGUUAGGAGCAAGCCGAGUUGUCCUCACAGAUGUUAAGCCGUUGCUUCCUGGACUACUGAAAAAUGUUGAAGCUAAUACCCUUACAGACCGAGUUGAAGUGAAGGAGCUAGUGUGGGGAUCGGACGAGUCAGCGCUUCGACUCGGUGAAACGGGUAAGUUCGAUAUAGUUUUGAUGAGUGACGUGUUUUUUGAUCCAGAGGGAGUGGAAGGGCUUGGGAGGACCCUCAAGAUGGUUUGCGGAGACAACACAAACAUUUGGGCGGCGAGCGAGUUAAGGCCGUGGACUGGCGAGUGCUUGAACCAGCUAACUGUUAUGGGAUUUGGAGUGGUCGAGUUGCCGAGUGAACCCAGUGAAUCUAUAAAAGGGGAAGAUUCUAACCCGUUUGCCAUCUUUCAUAUUGCACCACCAGCUGAAGAGAAGUGCAGUGCUGAGUCUUGAAAAGCUCUGGCUUUUGACGAUGCAAUUGACAGAUUUGAUAUGGGUGUAGAGUACUCUCGUAAUACGAAAUACAAACGGAACCAGGAC